AUGACGUCCGCCGCUCCUCCCCCAAACCAGGCCUUCCAGCCCUCGACCGGCACCUCGACCGCGACCGCCGGACCUGCGACCCCAAACAAGAGAGACUUGAAGUCGUGGUGGAAGGGCUUCAAGCUGCCUUCAAAACACCAGGAACACCAUGGUAGACACCCUUCUACUUUCGCAUCAAAACACUCGCCCCCAGCACAACCCCUCUUCAGUGAAGAUGUCGACGACCAAAUGGAUACGUCGCCUGUCCCGCUCGAUUUUGUCCUGCUAUUACAAGACAGGCAUGUUAUUGAGCCGGUCGACCCUCUUCCGCCCAGAAUCGUCGCUUCAAGUGAUGCGACAGCUCCCACCACCACCACCACCACCACCACUAGCCGGGUGGAUGUGCUGAACAGGAUGUCCCUGUCCGUCACUCAGCCUGUGCGCCAGUGUGCCAAGCGGAUCCGCGCAGCUAUGACUUCCUCCUUUACUUCAAGAGCUAAACGAAAUACAGCAGAGACUCGACCUCACGGCAUCUUUGGUGUCCCUCUCCGCCAGAGCAUCACAUAUGCCAACGUCGCAAUCUCACUCGUCGAUGAGAACGGAAAGAGCUACAUUUAUGGCUACGUACCGAUUGUCGUCGCCAAGUGUGGCGUAUUCUUGAAGGAGAAGGCUACGACUGUGGAGGGCAUCUUCCGUCUCAGUGGCUCUGAGAAGCGCAUCAAGGAGCUGAAACAAAUCUUUGAUUCCCCCGAUCGUUACGGCAAGGGCCUGGUUUGGGAUAACUACACCGUUCAUGAUGCCGCCAACGUUCUUCGACGAUACCUCAACGACCUCCCAGAGCCAGUUGUGCCGCUGGAUUUGUACGAGAAGUUCAGAGAGCCUUUGCGAGGUUCUACCAGGCAAGCAGCCGGCGACGCUGACGGCCCGCAAUUCGUGGAGAACUUUGACGAGCAAGCCGCGAUUGCCAAGUACCAGAAACUCAUCACGGAACUGCCACCACUGAACCGCCAGUUAUUGCUUUACAUUUUGGAUCUGUUGGCUGUGUUUGCCGCUAAGUCGGAGGAGAACAGGAUGAACUCUCAGAACCUCGCCGCCAUCUUCCAGCCCGGCAUGUUGUCGCAUCCGCAGCACGCAAUGGCACCCGAGGAAUACCGUCUGAACCAGCAUGUCCUUAUAUUCUUGAUUGAGAACCAGGAUCACUUCUUGAUCGGCAUGCAGGGCACGGCCACCGACGAGAAGACAAAGCAGUUGAUUGAAAAGGGUACACCCCCACCUGCGGCUGGACCAGUCACCCCCAACCCGAACAGAAAGGCCUCGGGCUUGGGAAGGUCUGCUUCUAACGCGAGCGCAGGUGCUGAGAGCGUGAGGAGAGAUGGGAUGCUUCGUAGGAACCGAUCGACGUCCUCGCGACACUCGCACCACGACGGCUCGACGACGCCGAACAGCCCUGCGCUCGCGCCGACUCCGAACAGCGGUCUCGGUAGAAGCAACACCGUCCCGUCCAAGAAGUCUCCCGCUCUUCAGGGCGGAAGGUUCAGGCGCGAUGCAUCGCCGAUCCCUGGAUCAUCCCCUAGGAUUCCGUCAACGACCGAGGAGCUUGCUGAGGUACCCGACCAGUCCCCUUCGGCCUCCACUAUUUCGCCUGCGCCCGCCGCGAUCGGAACCUCCACGUUGGCUCCCAAUGCUGCCGGGAACGCAGGAAGGAGCCAGGAAAGGCUACUUGACCCACACGAGGCUACGACUCCCGUCAAAGAGAGAACGCUGCCCAGCAUCUUCCAAAGAUCCCCCACCGGGGAGGGCGAGAAACGGCAGCCGAACAAGCUGAAGAAGAAGCGGAUACCCGGAAGUUUGAACCCUAGCGCGCAAAGUUCCGCCGCGUCUUUAGGUACGCAUUCUGCUGCUGUUUCGCCAAGCGUUGAGGCCCCGAACCCUUUGGAGCAGGUGGGAGGACCGAUCCCUGAGCAUGAUGCCCUUCCCAUCAGACAGCAACCCAAUGCAGGUGACACACCCUCGGAACCUACUCCGCGCGCCUCCCAAGUCCCCUCAACCAACACACUGCAUGUUGAGCAAACCCUGAAGGCCAAGAAGUCGCCACCAACCUCGCUUCAUUCAUCUUUUAACGAAGGUUCUGACAUUGAUCAGAAUGAGGAGUCCAUCAUGACGACGUCGGCAGAGGCGAUAGAGCAGGAAAAGGAGAAGAAGAGAAGGUGGAGGCUUUCUCGCCAAAGAAAGGACGACGGUCACCCCGGCAUCACGUCGCCCCGUCUGGCAUUUGGUUCUAACGAUAACGCCGAUGUCAGUGUUACUUCCAUCGGUAGUGGAGGCUACAAGCCCCGCAAGAGUUUUACUGGUGAGAGCUCUGAGCAAGGCAUGCACAACUCUGAGAGCAACGAAUCUGGCAGGGAUAGGGACGGCAAGGACGAAUCCAAGGGCCCGAUCGGUUGGAUUAGGAACAAAUACCGUGAGGCUAAGGAGAGCGCCGCCGAGAAGAGAAACAAGUCACCCCCAGCAGAUCGGCAGUCGUCUUUGGGCGGCUCUAGCAUCAUGUCUGGUCGAGGCAAGAGCUUGGAUAUCCGAAGAGAGCCGGAGGAGAAGGUUCAGCAUCCUGCUCUGCCUUCUUCGCCGCCUCAAGGGCCUACAGCUCACCCGCAGGCAGCACCGGCUCAGGCCCCUCAGCCUCAGUCAGCCCAGUCUCCCGUCCAGCAAGCAACACAACCAGCGGCUGCCCCAACCCAGGCCCAGGCCCCGGCCCCUCUCUCGCAGCCCGCUCCGGCACAAGCCACACAAACAACAGAACCGCCGGCUAAGGCCGAAUAA